GUUAACCAUGCAACAUGCGGACGCCUCCUGGAAAGAGACCCUGAAAGACCAACACGCACAGGGUGGGGCGAGCUGUGACCCGUGCGCCUUCAUCCAGCUCAGGCUCUCAGGACUCGCAUACCCCGAUCACGACCAGAGCGCCAUCACCCGAGCCCGGAGACGUCGCAGACUGGCCGCUAACGCCCGUGAGAGGAGGAGGAUGCUGGGGUUGAACGUGGCCUUCGAUCGCCUCAGGAGCGUCAUUCCUAAUGUGGAGAGCGACAGGAAGUUGUCCAAGUCUGAGACGCUUCAGAUGGCACAGAUCUACAUCAGCACUCUGAGCGAGCUGCUGGAGGAGAGAGACUGCGACACAGAUUUGAGUUACUCAAUGAGGGGUGCGAAGGAUCAGGGGAUCAUGAACAACUCAAACGAGACUUCGGCUGGAGACAAGACCAAAGCAGAGCAGAUGAAUGCUUCUUCCUGUAAGAUCAAAUCAUUUACUGGAAGUUUCGGGGGUCCUGACCCCAUAUCAACAGAAGACUUAGACAUUAACUUUCUGGAAAGGAGCAAUGGAGGGAGAUAA